GGACCUCGGAAGGGAAAUCCCGGCUUAGUUGUCAACUCAUGCUUCUGUCUCUCUUUUUGUCUGGUGUCCACAGGCCACAGCUGAGCAGUUGAACGAAAAUUCGAGGAAGAAGCAUCUGAUUCUAAAAUUUUGUGCCAUUCAAUCCCAGAAUAUUUCGAUAGAUGGCUCUCAAUUCACCGCUUUAAUUCGUGAGGCCAUUCUCUGGCCCAUUUUGCCAAAUGAUGUUCACUCUCUUUGUUGGGUUUCUCCUGGGGGCAUUCACCGUUCUCCUGGUUCAAGUUCUAGGCCUCCUCCUUCUCAUAGGCCGAUUGGGUCAUGGCAGAAAGCAAGAUUCAGAGUCUCCACUACUCACCCGUGAUCUUGAUCUCCAUCAGUCUCUCGAUUCGGCUUACAAGAAGCAGGGGGUAAUUUGGAUUUUAGAACCUGAAAAGGUUCCAACAUUUCCCCAAAUUGGAAAAAUACAAAGAGAUGCAAAGAAAAAGAAAGAGAUCUUGGAAGUUUUCCCCAUGCGAAAAUAUGCAAGAAUCAAGGACAGGUCACUUAUUCUAACAGAAUCAGAUGGUUCCUACACAGCAAUUCCACUAAAGGGUUGUACAAUAGUAGCUGUUUCAGCUACAGACUUACCCUCAAAAAAAUGGGCAAAAAAAUAUCCCAUUAAAGUGGAAAGCAAGACCUUGGAGAUAUACAAUGGAAGUAAAACCUUUUAUCUUUAUCUUGAGACCUCUUGGGAGAAGGAAUCAUGGUGUAAGGCUCUCCGUCUUGCUUCCAGUAAUGACAAGGACAGGCUUAGCUGGCAUUUCAAGUUGAGUGAAGAUUUCAGCGGUUAUCUGACAUCCUUAAAUGGCGGAUAUGCUUCAUUUAUGAAAACCUCUAUCGGAUUUUGUGCUGAGCCAAUAGAUAGGGAGAGCAGGCAAGAUGGUUCUUCAUCAAAGGUUCGCCACUUUUUGAAAAAGCUUACAAAGAAGGCUUCUCGGACUAAUGUAGAAAAUAAGGCAAGUUGGGCUUCAUUAUCAGCCCGUGAAGAUAGAAAGAUUAGUGAGAGAUCUCGCUCACUCCAACAUUCAGUUUCAGCCUCUAGCUCUUCACAGGGAGCUAUAACAGGGAAAACACUUAACAGUUCCUCAGAAGAAAAUAUGGUUCCACCAUCAUCAUCAACUGUUACACACUCAGGAAGCCAAAAUCAUAUGUCUAUUAACUCUGACACAGAUCCUGAAGACAAGUUUAGUGUUGAUGAAGGAAUGCUAUGUUGGAACUUGUUGAUUUCUCGGCUAUUUUUUGAUGCUAAAAGAAGUGAGGAGAUAAAAAGUUUCUUGCAAGCUCGAAUUCAGAGUACGCUGUCAAAUAUGAGGACCCCCAGUUACAUAGGUGAAAUAACCUGUACUAACAUAAGGCCUGGGAAUCUCCCACCUUAUAUUCAUGGUAUAAGGGUUCUUCCCAUGGACAUGACUGAGGCAUGGGCUUUUGAAAUUGACAUUGAGUACUCUGGUGGUCUGGUAUUGGAUAUUGAAACGAAACUUGAAGUUCAUGAACUAGAUUUACAGAAAGGCCUAGUGGAUUCAAAUUUAGAAUCAAGCUCUGUUGAGGAGGUUACAUCAGAUCUUCUUGAAGGUUUUGAGCACUAUGGAAAGCAGUUAAACCUUUCUGAAGGAACAGUCAAUGUGACAGAACAUAAGGAUGAAGGGGAUCCUAAACUAGUUGUAGAGGGUAUAAAAAGUUCUCGGAGCACUACAAGGACAUCGAUUCCCGUAUCCAGGUGGAAGUCUAUAGUAAAUGCUGUUGCUAGACAUGUUCCGCAGGUGCCUCUUGCUAUGGCAAUAAGGGUAACAUCCUUGCGAGGAACAGUGCGGUUACAUAUAAAGCCACCUCCAUCUGAUCGGUUAUGGUUUGGGUUUUCAUCAAUGCCUGAUAUAGAUUUCCACUUGGAAUCUUCAAUUGGGGAACACAAGAUUACUAUCAGCCACAUCGUUUUGUUCCUAACCAAUCGAUUUAAGGCAGCCAUCCGGGAUACCCUAGUACUUCCAAACUGUGAAAGUGUAUGCAUACCAUGGAUGUUAGCAGAAAAGGAUGACUGGGUUCAACGUAAUGUUGCACCAUUCAUAUGGAUUAAUCAAGAAGCUGUUACUGAUGCCAACACGAUGCGCAAUGUUCCCAGUUCCCAACCUGUUGAAGUAAAAACAAAGAAUGAAUCUAGUAGAGGAACCACCAAAGAUCAUCCAGAAAGCAAGUAUGAAAAGCCAAAGAGUGGUGAAUAUGUUACUAAACAAGUCAGUGAACCUUCAGAUGCCUUAUCAUCUUUGAAUUCUGAUGAUCUAUCUACUCUAAGAAGCAGGUCUUUGCAAGAAUCACAAACCGCUUUGUUAAGGAAUGAUGAGCCACAAGAGACUUGCCAAUCAAGCAGAUGGGAGAACCUAGAUUGUCAAUCAUUAUCUGGUUCAGAGUUUUCAGCUGAGGAACAGAAUCAUACAAUUGAAGAGUCUGACACCAGACCAAAGAGAAUGGGAAGAAAAGCAAGGAUGCUUGAUUUGGGAAAGAAGAUGGGGGAGAAACUUGAAGAAAAAAGGCGUAACAUUGAAGAGAAAGGCAGGAACAUUGUUGAGAGGAUGCGAGGACCAUGAAACAGCCAAAAAGGAGGAAAGAAAAAGACUGAUGAACUCUAGUGGAAUCAAGAAUAAACAUCAAAUAUAGAGAAAUCAGUUGUCUGUUGCACAUAGAUCUCACAGGGUGUUGAGCUUUUAUUAAUUCAAUCAACUGACAUGAAUUCAUAAAUUGCACAAUAAAAUGGAAACAUAUUAGAGAGAAGCUCUAUACAGAAAUCAGUUUUUACAUUGCAAGUAAUAGUUGUAUCUGUUAGUUUUAUGGCCUAGUUCCAAUGAUUUUAAAGUCCAAAUAGAAUUAUUGAUGAAGAUGUUUGAGUUGAGAUUUUUCAGCAGUUGAAUUUUAUCACCAUGUGUCAGAAUUUUAUUACCAUGUAACAACUCUCCUAUGUUGUAUUACCUCUUCUAUGGAGUCUGCACCUGAAUUCAUCUCUUA